AUGAAUUUAUAUAGUGAGGAGUGUGUACCCUAAAAUAUGAGUCAAGAUUUUAUUAAGAGGAAAUAUAGAGGCAAAGAAAAUAUGUCAUUGAAUCGUAAUUCAAUUAAGAUGAAUUCUAUCACUUAAGUCAUUGAAAAAUCACAAUAAUUCCAAAAUCUAAAAUUAACCAUUGGAGAAUAUUGGGGAUAAGUCAAAUUAAAUAGAGCCAAUGGGAUAGGAUCAUGUCAUUUUAAUACAGGAGGAUUUUAUUAUGGAGAAUGGAAAAACAAUAUAAUACAUGGUAUAGGAAUAUACUUCUUUAAUGUUGGUGGAUAUAUAAAGGGUGAGUUUUAAGAUGGAAAGGCAGAAGGAAAUUGUGAGUUAUGUUAUCAAAAUGGAUAAUUAUAUUAGGGAACUUUUAAAUAAGGAAAAUAAUAAGGUUUAGGAGUUAAGACUAGCAGAAGAGGAAAAGAAGUUAUUUAGUAUAAAGAUGGAAUUCGUAUAAAUGUUAAUGAAGAACAUUCAUAAAAGGAGAGUAUUAAUUAAUUAUUGAAAAUCUAAUUACCAUAAAUAUAUAUUCAUCAAGAUAGAACAGUUUAUGGAUUAUAAUGUGAUUUAACAGGUUUAGGUGUCAUUCAGUAUAAAAAUGGUAGAGUAGAUAUGGGAUAAUUUUAGAAUGGUUUCUUAAAUGGAAAAGGAAGAAUUAUAUUUAAAAGUGGGGAUAUUUAUGAUGGAUAAUUGAAAAAUGGAUAAUUUUAAGGAUAAGGUAAAUUAAUUAUAUAAAUUUAAAGGGUUUUACUUAAAUUACAAUUCCAAAUAGAUGACAGAGGGUAUUUUCGAAAAGAAUUAAAUUGUCUCAAUAGAAAAUUAAAUUAUUUAAUAUCCUCCAAAAGGAGAUGAUGAAUAAUUUGUUGUUGAUAAAAGAAUUAACAUUAAAAAUUUACAUCUCAAGAGUAGAGGAUAUAAUAAUAUUAAUUCUUAAUAUAAUUCCGAGAAAAAACCAAAUAAAGUAAAUAAGAUUUAAAAUUUAAUUUAACAUAUGCUUAAUCCAAUAAAAAAUAGUCUUAAAAGUGAAAGUGUAUAAAAUGAAGAAGUCUUAGAUAAUUUAUUAUCUAGAGUAUAAUCACCAUAAUAAAGAAAGAAUCUAGAAUAAAUAAUUAAUUAAGUAACAUCACCAUAAAGAAUAAGAUGA